CAUUUUUAGUAGAAAGAAAGAAACUUUGAUUAGAUUUGAUUUGAUCACAUACCAAAACCAAAAAUCAAAGCUUUGGGAAUUGGUGGAAAUGUCCGGAGAAGAAGAAGAUUUCAGCGAAGCUACACGGUUGCUCAGAUCAUCUUCACCCACCUCCGAUCAUCUUCAUCAUCAUCCAGUAUCGGCAUUGGCAGUGAUAACACCAUCUACUAUUGUCGAUGAUUUGGAAUCUCAAGACCCAAUCCCCAAUUCCAAUUCAACUUCUUCCCCUUCUCUUCUCAAGGGUCUUUUCACUCGUCAUUUCGAUCCACCUUUCUCUCCUCGCCGACUCAGUUUCAAGCGCAGAGAACGCGAACGAGAUUGGGAGCGAGAACGAGAACGAGAACGAGAUCGACUAACUACUUCUACUUCUUCUUCUUCUUCUUCUACUCAUACAGAUUCUGAUUCAGUCGAUACUCUUGCUGAUUCCGCUCCUCCCGAAUGGGCUUUGCUCCUUAUUGGUUGCCUUCUUGGACUCGCCACCGGUCUCUUUGUCGCCGCUUUUAACAAUGGGGUGCAUGUUAUUCAUGAAUGGGCAUGGGCUGGUACUCCGAAUGAGGGAGCUGCUUGGCUUCGUGUGCAGAGACUUGCUGACACUUGGCAUAGAAUUCUUUUGAUACCAGUCACUGGGGGAGUUAUAGUUGGUAUGAUGCAUGGUUUACUUGAAAUAUUAGAACAGAUAAGGCAGUCUACUUCUUCGUCUCAAUCACCUGGAGGACAAGGAUUUAGUUUGCUUUCUGGGGUUUUUCCUACCAUAAAAGCAAUCCAGGCUGCUGUCACUUUAGGUACCGGCUGUUCUUUGGGUCCUGAAGGUCCUAGUGUUGAUAUUGGAAAAUCAUGUGCAAAUGGCUUUUCUUUGUUAAUGGAAAACAAUAGAGAAAGGAAGAUUGCUCUUGUUGCAGCUGGUGCAGCUGCUGGUAUCUCUUCAGGUUUUAACGCGGCAGUAGCUGGUUGUUUCUUUGCUAUCGAAACUGUGUUGAGGCCUCUUCGAGCAGAAAACUCACCUCCAUUUACAACUGCAAUGAUAAUCUUGGCCUCUGUUGUAUCAUCGACCGUGUCAAAUGUUUCAAUGGGAACACAAUCUGCUUUUACAGUACCUACAUACGACCUGAAAUCUGCUGCUGAGUUACCUUUGUACCUAAUAUUGGGCAUGCUAUGUGGUGUUGUAAGCGUAGUCUUCACUCGUUUGGUUACUUGGUUCACAAAGUUCUUUGACUAUAUCAAGGAAAAGUUCGGCCUUCCUGCCAUUGUUUGCCCUGCUUUAGGUGGUUUAGGAGCUGGCAUAAUUGCUCUCAAGUAUCCUGGAAUACUGUACUGGGGUUUCACAAAUGUUGAAGAAAUCCUGCACACUGGGAAAACUCCUUCGGCCCCCGGAAUUUGGCUAUUAACCCAACUAUCAUUAGCCAAAGUUGUUGCCACAGCUCUGUGUAAGGGUUCUGGGCUUGUUGGUGGUCUAUAUGCCCCGAGUUUGAUGAUUGGCGCAGCUGUUGGUGCUGUUUUUGGUGGUGUAGCUGCUGAAGUUAUCAAUUCUGCGAUUCCGGGAAAUGUUGCUGUUGCCGAGCCACAGGCUUAUGCACUGGUUGGAAUGGCUGCUACUUUAGCUUCAGUUUGUUCAGUGCCUUUGACAUCAGUUUUGCUACUCUUUGAGCUGACCAGAGAUUACAGAAUAUUGCUUCCCUUGAUGGGGGCUGUUGGAUUGGCAAUCUGGGUUCCCUCCGUGGCAAACGUGGGAAAGGAUGCUGAAGCAUCUGAUAAGCCAACUUUGGGAAGAGGAUACUCUUCUCUUUCGCCUAAUGAAGACAAAGAUGAAGCUGGGUGGAGACGAAAUAAUAAUGGAGAUGAUCGAGAACUCUCUGUUAUAGAAAAAGCUGCUUAUUCUGAAGCUGCUAAUGAAGAUAUUCUCUUAGAAGAUCUAAAGGUUUCUUAUGUCAUGUCAACAAACUACCUGAAGGUUCCUCUCUCUAUGACUUUGAAAGAGGCAAAAAAGCACAUGCAUGAAAACCAGCAGACGUUCGUGCUGGUUGUCGACGAUGAUGACUUUCUGGAAGGAAUAUUAACCUACGGUGAUGUUAGACGUUGUCUAUCCAAGAGGUCUAGUGAUAUUUCCAAGUCCGACUCAAGAUCUCUCGAUGCAAAUACAUGCCUUGUUUCUUCUGUUUGUACUCGAGGGAUUAGCUACCGAGGGCAAGUUCGUGGACUCUUAACCUGUUAUCCGGACACUGAGUUAGCGAUUGCAAAGCAGCUUAUGGAGGCCAAGGGUAUCACACAGUUGCCGGUGGUUAAGCGUGGUAGAGAUUCUAUAAGAGAGCGGAAGAGGAGGAUUGUUGCUGUUCUUCUCUAUGAUUCAAUCUUAAAAUGUCUCAGAGAAGUGAUAGAUCGGCGGAAGUUGGAGUACCCACAAAGAAAAGAGGCGAAUUCGGAGGAAAUCAUUGGAAAUGGCCAUUAAUAAUGACUGUAGCUAUUCUUGAAAUCUCUAGCUGUUCCCCGCCGAUACAAGUUAAUGGCCCUUGAACUAGUGCGUUUGACACGCUCAUGGAUUCAAGCUAAGCUACAUAUGCUCAGUGAUCUCGGGGUUUCUUACUGUUUGGAGUUUGAAAUUUCAGGGUGGAGGCUCAACUCAAGUCAAGUCAAGUGUAGUUAACAAAAGAAAAUGAGAAAAGUAAUAUUUUGUAUACUAACACAAAACACAUACACAUAUAUAGUUUAGAGUAAGUAAGUUAGCAAUUUUUUUCAGCUUGUAGAUGCUGUUGUUGGAAUAAAGCAUUGUAUUAUUGCAUGCAAUUAUUAUUUGGUGGCCCCUCAUCAACUCAACUCAACAAAGGUUCUUUUUUGUUUUUGUUUUUA